UGAGCUACGCUAGAGGCUGUCAGACAAGACAAUCAAAGUCAGUGGAGCAUCGAACAGCCGCGCUAGCCUAGAUUAGGACGUUACAGUGUGAAAGUUUGUGAGUGGCUUGCCCUCCCUUCUUGGUAACCCUGAAAAACGAAAACAUUUUGUUACAAUUUAGUGAAGGAUUUUGGUCGUCAAUAAAGAUAAGAAUAAACACAGUGGGAUUAACUACAACAAGAGAGGUGUGUUUACCAGGAGAGACACAGGCUACCAGAACGUGCUAACAAGCUAGGUAGGUCGAGUUAGCGAGCUAGCUGCAUAGCUUAGCAAGCUUAGGAUAUAGCGUUAUUAUCUUAUUGUGAUGAGGGUUGUUCCGGACAAAGUGAGUCCGAUUGGGAGCUGGCUGGCGUGAGAUUAUGCAAUGCCAUCAGCUGUUUCAGGUUCAUUACAGGAACAGCAUAGAGUUAACUCCCAUAACGGAACUGAUUUUACUAUUCACUCACACCAGUCGUUAUCUUAGGUUUCUAUCUUUUGACUCGAAGCAAGGAGAACAUUACAUCAGAAAAGCGAUGCCCAUUACUGGUUAUUGAUGAUGAAGACGAUGAUGAUGAUGAUAAAGAAGACGACAACCAGGAGCUUUGAGCUCUAGCCGCGAGACCCAUCAUAGGGAGGCCAAUGGAGGAGGCGCAGCGGAGUGUCCAGAAGACCCAGCCGGCGCUGCUGACCAUGGGGGGAGUGGAGCUGCACGCGCUAGGGGCACCUCCACCCCGGACGUCCCCACCGGCAGAGCUCCGCGUCCACACCGCCACUGUGGCGGCGUCAUCUCCUCAUGGCCUGAGGGAGACCGGCUGGGUGGGACCUGGAGGAGGAGGAGGAGAAGAGUCGCUCUCCUCGGACUGCGGGGGGGCAUCAGAUCUGCAGGACCUGGGCUCGGAGGAGGAAGGCAGCGAGAUGGAGGGCAGUGAGGGCACGGAGGUGUCGCCCGUGGGCAGCGGCAGUGGCAGCAGAGGUGCCUGGGAUGCCAGCUUGCAGAAUGGGCACAGGGGAGACGAGGGCAAGCAGGAGGAGAAUAACAAUAACAGCAACAGCAGCAGUGCCCAUGCCAGCCCUGUACCUGCCAGCACCACCCCUAACUUUACAGACAUGUCUCAGACGCCGUCCCUGUCCUUGACGGAGCAGCUCCGACUGGGUCGGGAUGACCCAUCUGGGAUGGGAGUCAGUGUGGAGUGUCGGAUCUGCGGGGACAAGGCCUCCGGAUUCCACUAUGGUGUGCACGCCUGCGAGGGCUGCAAGGGUUUCUUCCGGCGCACUAUUCGUAUGAAGCUGCAGUAUGAUCGCUGCGACCGCACCUGCAAGAUUCAGAAGAAGAGCCGAAACAAGUGCCAGUACUGCCGCUUUCAGAAGUGCCUAGCACUCGGCAUGUCCCAUGAUGCGAUCCGGUACGGGCGGAUGCCAGAGGCGGAGAAGAAGAAGCUGGUGGCUGGGCUGCUGGCGGGAGAGCAGAGCGUCCAGAGUCCCGGCGGCUCUGACCUCAAAACCCUGGCCAAGCACGUCAACACUGCCUACCUGAAGAACCUCAACAUGACGAAGAAGAAGGCCCGCAGUAUCCUCACUGGCAAGACCAGCUGCACCUCGGUACUCGAGAACCCCUCCGGAGAACAGAUCAACCAUGGUCUAGAACAGAGGUCUUCAGCAUUUUUCAGGCCAAGGACCCGUUGGCUAAUAGAGCCGUUUGUGAUCCACGACAUGGACACGUUGUGGCAGGCUGAGAACGGCCUGGUGUGGAACCAGCUCAAUGGUGCCCCGCCCAACAAGGAAAUCGGCGUCCACGUGUUCUACCGCUGUCAGUGCACCACCGUUGAGACAGUCAGGGAGCUCACAGAGUUUGCCAAAAACAUCCCAGGCUUCGUGGACCUCUUCCUCAACGACCAGGUGACUCUUCUGAAAUAUGGUGUUCACGAAGCCAUUUUCGCCAUGCUGCCAUCGCUCAUGAACAAAGACGGCCUGCUGGUGGCCAACGGGAAGGGUUUUGUGACGCGGGAGUUCCUUCGCAGCCUCCGCAAACCCUUUAGCGAGAUCAUGGAGCCCAAGUUCGAGUUUGCCGUCAAGUUCAAUGCCCUAGAGCUAGACGACAGUGACCUCGCUCUGUUUGUGGCAGCCAUUAUUCUGUGUGGAGACCGUCCAGGCUUGAUAAACGUGAAACAGGUGGAGCAGAUCCAAGAUGGCAUCCUGCAGGCCUUGAACCAGCACCUGCAGCUGCACCACCCGGACUCCCUCCACCUCUUCCCCAAGCUGUUGCAGAAGAUGGCCGACCUGCGGCAGCUAGUCACAGAGAACGCCCAGCUUGUGCAGAUGAUCAAAAAGACGGAGUCGGAAACGUCGCUCCACCCGCUCCUGCAGGAGAUCUACAAGGACAUGUACUGAAACUGAGCUCCAUGUGGACUGACAGGGACAGGUACUGAGGGACCAUCUGACCCUCAGACAUGGGAGUUCAGUACUAAGAAUUGGGGAUUUUUUUAAUUUUUUUUUAGAUCAUAUAUUGAGUUUUACAGACAAUGUCACAAUUUUGUUCUUGCAAAUGGAAAUUUCUACCUGAAGCAGGUCUCACGGUUACAGUCCUUACAUCCCUCCUGUUUAUCAGCUUGAAGAUACAUAAGUGUUUUUUUGUUUGGUUGUGUGUGUGUGUGUGUGUGUGUGUGAGAGAGAGAGAGAGGAGGGAAUGUUCAUCAUAUAUAUUUUUUUUAUGUUGAUAAUGUUUUUAAAAUGUUAAUCAUAUAAGCUUAAAGAAACUAGUUGAGUUGGCUACUAGGUGAACGUGGUUAAUCUAUACUAAAGAUCAGGGAGUGGAGUGACACAGUGCUAGGACUGCCUGUAGUCCUUCAAGGUUUUCUCCUAUCACUUUCUUUAACUUUCUCAGAGUUUUAAUACCGUAAAAGCACACAAACUUUUUAAUGAUAGACGACAGAAAGAUGUGAAAGGUGUGUUUCUGUUAAAGUAACAUAGCUGGUUUAAUAUCACCACAGAUCAUCGUGCUGAUGUUAUUCACAAUAACGCACACCCCACACUCGCUUAUUUGCUUUUUUACUAGUGUAACAGUUGCGAAAAACCAGUUAUAAAAAGAAGUCCAAAAUCCCAGAUAGCAAAAUCAGAUUGUCAGAUAGCGGACCGCUGGUGGUAUGCCGUCGGUGGCGUGCUACUUCUGGUCCGCCGUUGGACCACCAUCUCUUUAAAUGUAACUUGCCAUGAAUAUUAAGAAAUGAUAUAUGGAGUAUAACUGAACAAGUGAAAAAGAUUUUAGACCAAUAAUGGCAAAAUAUUGGGCAAUUUGUCUGCAACCCGCCAGCGGACCGCCAGAGAACCGAUGAGCAAAAUGCCAGUGAAUCGCCAGCUAUGCCCCCAAUGGACCGACAGUGGUCCGCCAGCCUCUUGCUAUCUGGGAUAUUAUUUCAAUGUUGUUUGAUCUUAACCUUGGCUUUUCCCCCCAACAAAAGAGCAGGGUAAAUAAUACAAUUCUGAAAAUUGUUAUACCACCAGUGGCUUUUUGCUACCCAACAAAGUUAUGUUAACUUGACAGUGAAAUGGUACAAACGUCAAAACUAGGUGCAUUUCAACCAAUCCGAUUGUGUGGCUGGACCUAACUGUUGUAUGGACAUAUAUUUAAAACGUGUUUUAGUCCUGAGCAUGUUUACAAGCAGGAAACUGAAGGGAAGGAAUGGGACUUGGAGUAUGAUGAUGAGAAGGAAGAGGUGGAGGAGCAUCUACUGUGGAUCAAGUAAAUCCAGGAGGUGGUAUGCGGCUGGAGUCGUGGAUGGGGCACAACUGACAGGAAAGCAAUUGGAUUCAGCUCUCUUAGUCAUGCUGCACAAUAUGUAAAACACACAAACGUGUUUUAUCUCGGUGAUCUAUGCAGAGUUACAUUACAACUGACUUACACUUUUUACAUUUUCUCAUUAAAAAAAGAAAAUCUA